AGAUCACAAAAGGAAUUCCGGGGUAGCUACGAGUAACCUACUCAAGUAAAGCUCUCUGGUGCUUCCUCUUGUCUUUUAUUUAUCUUUUGGCCUUUAUCUUUUAUCUCUUAUCCCAUAUUCUUCAAUCCACUUCCCAAUCUUCAAGAAUCAACUCUCUCGGUAAAACAAAGACACUAAUACUCGAAUCAACACAUACAACCAUCAAAAUGUCUGGUCCAGGAGCUGGUUUUGAAUAUCCUGCAGAGGAGGUUUCUUGGUUAACCAGAGAUGUUUUGCUCUUCGCCAACAGCAUUGGAUGUACGAAUGAUGAGCUGCACUUCUUAUACGUAUGAAUCUGAUACUCAAUCAGAAGGGUUUCAAACUAAUUCAAACUGUAGGAAUUACAUCCUAACUUUGCCGUCUUCCCAACCUAUCCUGUCAUUCUUCGUAAGGUUGUCCUUCCCCUCGUUCUAUCUAUCAGCUAACAUCUCCCAAGCAUUUAAAAACACAACCCAAGAAGUAAUUGACUUCUAUGCCGCCUCCUCCGCAACUCCGAUUCCAGGUGUGCCUAAAUUCGACUACACUCGUGUCCUUGAUGGAGGUCGUUCAAUGACUUUUCUCAAACCACUCCCUCCUACCUCAGCUGGUAAAACAUUUGAACUCCGCUCUAAAGUAAUUGGUGUAUAUGACAAAGGAAAAUCUGGCACGGUUGUUGAGACGCAACAGGAGAUCGUAGAUAAAAAGAACGGAGAGGUUUAUAGCAGAGCUGUUGGGUCCUCAUUCUUUGUUGGUCAGGGUAAUUGGAAUGGACCCAAGGGCCCGGCGACUCAAAAUUUCCCUCCCCCGGAAGGAAAGAAGCCAGACGCUGUGAUGGAACAUCAGACCACUAAGGAAAGUGCAUUGUUGUAUAGGUAUGAUUCUACUUUUUCACUGAAUGUUGUGGCCUCUGACUAAUGGGUCGGAAAUGGUAGAUUGAACGGUGAUUACAAUCCCCUACAUGCAACACCUGAGCCAGGUCAAAAGAUGGGCUUUGGAGGACCUAUCAUGCAUGGUCUUUCAUCAUGGAAUUUUACUGCUCAUGCAAUUCUUAAAGCUAUUGGUGGUAGUGACCCCAAGAACAUCAAAGAAUUCUCGUGUCGAUUUGCAUCACCGGUUAAACCUGGUGAUAAAUUAAUCAUCGAGAUCUGGAAAACAGGAGAAAUCAAAGAAGGGUGGGAAGAAAUUCGAUUCAUCACCAAAGUGGAAGGUGGAAAGAUUUGCUUGAGUAACGGAAGAGCUUUAAUGAAGCCUGUGGGCAGCAGUGGAGAUGGGAAAAUGUUAGAUCAGGAUAUGGCUAGUAUCAAGGCAAAUUCUGGUUCGAAGACUGGUGGGGCCGCAAAUACUCCCGGAUCUGCAGCCAGAGAAGAGGGUAAUGCUCAGAAGAGCAAGUUGUAGUUUAUGUUCUUGGCGCCUCAGUUGGGAUGGAUACAAUCUAAGGGAUAUAUGAAUUAAGUUUGUUGGUACUGGACCCCCAUAAGCACUUUACCAACAUCAGACCUGUGCUACUAUAGACUGCUUUAAGUUGUAAGAACAAAGUAGUGUAGAAUAAUUCUCGAAUAAUAUUUGUUCAGGGUUUGAAUUGUUGAG